AUGUCGACAUCAACGUUGCCAGUGCUCAACCUCUCGCCGCCCAGGAUACUCCUGCCCACGGCCAGGGUGACUAUGCCAGUCCAUAUGUCAGUUGGGGAGGAGCUGCUCCAACUUGUGCAAGAGUCCGAGACACAACCCGUUCUUGCCGCAGUACCGGUUUCUUCUGGCGAAAAUGUCAUCUUGCACGACUGGGGAUGCGCCGCGCGCAUCGUCAGGAUAGUGCGCCCACCCAGGCUGGUGAAUUCGAGUCGGCUGCGGCCGUAUUUAUUGACCCUGCAGGGUCUUUCACGCGUUCAUUUGCUCGGGAACAAGGUAACGCGUAACACACUGAACGCUCCCGUCGACCACGUUGUACAAUUUCCAGCGGAUGAGGGUGUGCCGACCGCCGAGGCAGCGUCGAUCUUCAAAUCUGCCGCUACUACCCUCUUGAGUCGUCUCACUAAAGAUGCCGCAGGCGAAGCCAGGCGCGAUCUAUACACCAAAUUUUCCGUCAUGGUCGAGGAGGUGUCCAAUCAGCGCACUCCUUGGAUGGCAGAUGUGCUUAUUGCCAGUCUAGACGCUGACUAUGCAGACAAGCUCGAUUUCCUGUCAGCUGUUGAGGCCAACGACAGACUCAAACGUGCCACAGCCAUCCUCGUCAAACAGACGUCCAUCACUGAAGUGAGUAAGAAGGUCGCGCAAUCCCUCGACGAGUCGCUCUCCCGGCAGCAGAAGGAGUUCUUCCUCCGCCAGCAGCUCGCUGCUAUUCAGCGCGAGCUCCGCAACCUUCAGCGCUCGUCUGCGAUCACACGCGGUAAACUCUCCGAUGGCACUGAUACAUCGAGCGGAAAGCUUGCGGAUACCGUAACGUCCGAGCUCGACGACGACGAGCAGGCGGAGGCGGACGACAUGGCGGGCAUCCGCACCAAGAUUGAGGCAAUGGCGCGGGAUAGUGAGGAGCGCAGGAUGGCUGUACGUGAGUGGCGGCGGCUCGGGCGCACGCCGGCAGCUAGCGCAGAGCACGGUGUGAUUCGCAACUACGUGCGUGCUACGGGGACGUAUAUGCAGCUAGAGUGGCUUACGGCAGUACCAUGGCCGGCAUCCGCUGUAUCUGCGGCCAUGAGUAACCCGCUCGUCGCGCUGCACGAUCGUGAAUUCCUGGUCAAGGCUCGGAGGCAGCUCGACUCCGACCAUUACGGGCUGGAAAAGAUUAAGAAGCGCUUGAUUGAGUAUCUUGCCGUCGUGCGCCUGAAGGAGCUGCAAGCAGAGAAGGAAACUCGGCUGCAAGCGGUCGAGGCUGAUAAAAGCGCGCAGGCCGCUGCUGAUGCCCCAUCGUCAAAGGCAGAUGGUCUGCCUGCCCAGAAUGACUCGAAAGCGCUUGUUUCGUAUUCGCAAGAGAAGGCUGUUGGGAUUCCAAAGCAACCACAGGUUCACAUACGGGCAACGAGGAAGACGGGCGUGAAGGGUCCUAUCUUACUCUUCGUCGGCCCUCCUGGCACGGGCAAAACGUCCCUCGGACAGUCCAUUGCGCGUGCCUUAAACAGGCCAUUUGAACGUAUAUCGCUGGGCGGUGUGCGUGAUGAGGCCGAGAUUAGAGGCCAUAGGCGAACGUAUGUCGCCAGUGGUCCGGGCAAUAUCGUGCAGGCGCUGCGUAAGGCGGGCAGGCCAGAUCCUGUCAUUCUUCUGGAUGAGGUGGAUAAGAUCGCGAGCAGUAAUUUCCACGGUGACCCUGCCGCUGCGUUACUUGAGGUACUCGACCCGGAGCAGAAUCACUCGUUCCGAGACCAUUAUAUCAACGUCCCGAUAGAUCUUAGUCAGAUUCUCUUCAUCUGCACCGCUAACACCCUCGAUACUAUCGCUGCACCCUUACUCGACCGGUGUGAGAUUGUACAUUUGUCAGGCUACACGUACGAUGAGAAAAUACACAUUGCCCGGAAAUUCCUUAUCCCCAAACAGCUCAAGGCGAACGGGUUGACUGCUGACCAUUUAACACUAACUGAACCCGCCCUCCUUCACAUUGCGACACGCUACACACGGGAAGCCGGCGUUCGCUCGCUAGAACGGGCAAUCGGGGCUGUCGUGAGGUACAAGACCGUGGAAUGGGCAGAGUAUUGCGAUAGCAUCGGCGCCGAACUCGAUUCUGCUGUCCCCAUCGACAAUGUAGCAGGCGAGGGCUAUAAGAAGGUGGUCGAGGAACACGAGCUGGAGCAGAUCCUCGGCAUUGCACGAUGGGACGAAGAGGAACGGGAGCGAGAGGAGAGACGAGGGCUUGUUUACGGCCUUGUCGUGACUGGUAUGGGCGAGGGCGGCAUCCUUCCCGUCGAGACCAGCGUUGUCCCUGGCAGCGGCAAGCUGAAAUUGACGGGCAGCUUGGGUGAUGUUAUCAAGGAGAGUGCAGAGCUGGCCCUGAGCUGGGUGAAGAGCCAUGCGUACGAACUGUACAUCACACAAACGCGUUCGCAGGACCCGCUGAAGAACCCUGACCCAGUCGACAUCCACCUGCACUUACCUUCGGGAGCGGUCAAGAAGGAUGGCCCGUCAGCAGGCAUAGCGAUGACAUGCGCUUUCGUGUCUUUACUCACUGGUGCAUGUGUCCCGAAUAAUAUUGCAAUGACGGGCGAGAUCACACUUCGCGGGCGAGUCGGGCCCGUUGGCGGCAUCAAGGAAAAGGUUCUCGGUGCGCACCGGGCACAGGUGACUAAAGUCAUUUUGCCGUGGGCGAACCGGAAGGACGUCGAGCACGACGUGCCGCUGGAGGUUCGCACCGAGAUGGAAUUCGUGUUCGUACGUACCCUUGAAGAUGUCUUGGAAGCUGCGUUUGGUAAGGGUGUCAUCGGAUGGAGAGGAAAUGUCAUGCUCGUGGAGAGUCGCUUAUGA